CUCCGAUCAAGAUCCAACCUCUUCCCUUUUUCUUUCUCCUCAAGCUUUAACCAAAAUCCCAUAAAAUCCUUAGCUGAAGAAAAUUUUUUUUUUAAAAAAAAUUAGGGUUUCAAAAUUUAGAUCCUCUCCGUUCAAAUCAACGAAACCUAAAAUUCUCCAAUGGAGAGAUUACACCGUAUCUUCUCCGGCGCCGGCGGCAUGGGCCACCCGCCGACGGACUCGCCUCUCCUCGACUCAUCGGAGCAAGUGUACAUCUCAUCUCUCGCCCUUCUCAAGAUGCUCAAGCACGGGAGAGCUGGGGUUCCGAUGGAGGUCAUGGGGCUGAUGCUUGGAGAGUUUGUCGACGAGUACACGGUGAGAGUCGUGGAUGUGUUUGCGAUGCCGCAGAGCGGAACUGGGGUUAGCGUCGAGGCUGUUGAUCAUGUGUUUCAGACUAAUAUGCUUGAUAUGCUCAAGCAAACUGGAAGGCCAGAAAUGGUAGUGGGAUGGUACCACUCACAUCCAGGCUUUGGCUGCUGGCUCUCCGGUGUUGAUAUUAAUACUCAGCAGAGUUUUGAAGCCCUGAAUCCUAGAGCAGUUGCUGUUGUGGUUGAUCCUAUCCAAAGUGUGAAAGGGAAGGUGGUUAUUGAUGCUUUCCGGUUGAUCAAUCCACAGACAAUGAUGCUUGGUCAAGAGCCUCGCCAGACUACGUCAAACUUGGGGCAUCUGAAUAAACCAUCUAUUCAGGCACUAAUUCACGGGCUGAACCGGCACUACUACUCUAUAGCGAUCAACUACAGGAAAAAUGAGCUUGAGGAAAAGAUGCUAUUGAACCUGCAUAAGAAGAAAUGGACUGAUGGUUUGACACUGCGACGGUUUGAUACCCAUUCCAAAACCAAUGAGCAAACAGUUCAGGAAAUGCUAAGCUUGGCCAUUAAGUACAACAAAGCUGUCCAAGAGGAGGAUGAAUUACCUCCAGAGAAGCUGGCGAUUGCAAAUGUGGGUCGACAAGAUGCAAAGAAGCACCUUGAGGAGCAUGUUUCAAACCUCAUGUCGUCCAACAUAGUCCAGACAUUGGGAACCAUGCUCGACACUGUCGUCUUUUAGUAUAGUCCAUUAUUGGAAGGAGUUGUUUUAUGUUUAUCUUAUGAGAACUGCCACUGAUAUAUCUGCAUGAUUCAGAAGAAGUGGUUGUUAAUGUUUAUUAUUUACUACAAGAUACUAUUUACUUGUGAUACUUUUGCAUCUGAGCUUCUUUUAUUCUCCUGUUUGAUA